AUGUUCGCCUUCAGCUUUCUUGCCGGGGGACUUUUGCCUCUCUUGGUUGCAUUCUUGCUCGUUUGUUGUACAGCGGUCGCAGAGGAAGUCUCAUCCUUCAAAUCGAGACCCGAUCUCUUCGCUCCAACGUUCACCGUCGAGGUUAGCGAUCCGAGAAAGCUUAGCCCUGGGUUUAUUUUUGUUGGGCCGUACCAGCAGGCUUAUAGUCCGGGGCCAUAUCUUUAUGAUAGAGAAGAUCACCUCUGCUUUUUCCAGGGAAACCAGCAGAAAGGAUACUGUCGCGGCCAUGGCGUUAUCAUGGAUAACCAGUAUCGCAUCGUGCGCUCGGUACAGCCUGGUGGUGGCAUGGCAUCAAGCGACAUGCAUGAGUUCAAAUUGAUCAACAAUGGAAAAUCUGCCCUGAUGACCGUCUACCAGCAGCGUCAAUUCGACAUGAGUCCUUGGAACGUGCGGCAGGGUGUUGGUUGGAUUAUGGAGAGCGUCUUCCAGGAGAUUGAUGUUGAGACUGGCAAGUUGUUGUUCGAAUGGCGCUCUCUCGACCAUGUUGAUCCGUCGCUCAGUUACACUUAUCCUGAUCAUACGGAUACUUCAGGUACUGGGCUGAGCCCGUUUGCGCCAUGGGAUUACUUUCAUAUCAACUCGAUUGACAAGAAUGAGGAUGGUGAUUAUUUGAUCUCGUCGCGCCAUACGUCUGCGAUUUACAAGCUCUCCGGCAAGGACGGUUCGAUCAUCUGGCAGCUGCACGGCCAGUAUCCGUCGUUCACCAACAUCAACUUUAGUUUCUCGCAACAGCACGAUGCGCGCUGGUUGUCUGAGAAUGCGACACAUACAUACUUGUCGCUCUACAACAAUGGGUACAAUGGCUUCAACCAGACCCAUCAGUACUCGUCGGGCAUGCUCAUCCUCAUCGACCAUGUGGACAUGACGGCCACCCAGCUGCGAGACUACAUGCCUCCAGGCAAGAGCAUGCUCAGUUCCAGCCAGGGCAAUAUGCAAGUCCUGAACAACAGCCAUGUAUUCAUGGGCUGGGGCAACAACGCAUACGUAUCCGAGCACGAUGUAGAGGGCAACCUCGUUUUCUGGGCCUUCCUCUCCCAGGAUCCAGGAUUCAUGAACUACCGUGCUCAAAAAUUCGAAUGGGACGCUAACCCAAUAGACGUUCCAGCUCUAUGGUCCUAUUCCAGAUCUACAGAACCAUACUCCCCAAUGACACAGUAUGUCAGUUGGAACGGCGCCACCCGCGUCAAAUUCUGGCGCUUCUACGGCUCCAUGAACGCCACGGGUCCUUAUACCUUGCUCGACGAAAUACCCAAAGCGGGGUUUGAGACUGCUUACACCGACGUGAACUUCUACCCUUGGACCCAUGCGGAAGCAGUAGACGGGCAGGGGAAGUUGUUGGGCAAGUCCCCCAACACGUUCACAUUCGUGCCCUCACCGGAGUUGCAGAGUUACUGCUCCGAGAAAGACUGCGGCAACGCACUGGGUUACGGCUUCCAAGAUGAUACAAAUACCAGGCCGCUGAUUCCGCCCAUGGGCGUCAACACAGUGCCCUGGGUUGACCCGGAUAAUCCAGAGAAGUUGUUUGAUUAUGGGGUAUCUGGUGGGCAGCCCGAAGAGACUUCUUCUUCUGAUACCGCUUCUGGUAGUGUAUACGAUUAUACCAAUUGGGCCGUUGGAGCCGUGGUUGUGCUUAUUGCAGCCGUGGCAGUGCAGGUGAUCGUCAGCUGCUGUCGUUGUCCGCAACGGCGGGAUCAGACGUACCGGGAUAGGCGCGAUUCGAUGGACACUCUGGAUGACAUGUCGGAGGACGAGCCGAAGCCGUCAGAGACGGGAGAGCGGCGGUGGUGGCAGCGUAUGUAUAUACAUGACGUCGGCAUGCCUCGCAUCUCCGUUUCCGGCACCACCACCAACCGCCGACUAUCCUCUCCUCUCGUCUCCCCUCUACCUACCACUCCUGCUGCCAAUUCUCAACUUCACGUAAACCGGGACCGGAAUGCCCGCCAUUCACGCAAUACUUCCUGGUCGACUGGUCGCGAUAUCCUCUCCCCUGCCGUAGGCGAGUUCUCCACUACCUUCGAGUCCACCGCCGGGUCUUCCACCACGCAGCAACGCCGUCGCCGCGAAUCAAACUACUCGCUCGCUAGUGUCUCCGAGAGAGGUGGUGGCAGUGGUAACGAUUCCGACGCGGACAACGACUACAACUACGACGCAGACGAGACUAUGGCACUGAGAAAUACCUCAAUGGAUUGGAAGGGCCAUGCCCGUCGACGCUCCCAGAGCCAGGGCCAGCAGGAAUUGCCCGUCCUUGAACCGCACCCGUCGACUUCAGCUGCGGCGUCGCCGUUACACCCCUCCGGUCCUCAUUCACACUCGUUUGUUUCGGCCCCCCCGCCGGUAUCGUCGACUGCGCGUCCCGGGCCUGUGACGUGGAUGUCGCUGCCGAGGAAAAAGCAGCUCGCGAUUCUGGGUCUGUGUCGCGUGUUCGAUUUCCUACAGAUCGCCUCGUUGCAGGCGUACAUGUUCUACCAGCUCAAAUCGUUCGACCAGGAUCUUUCAGACUCGGAUGUUUCCACGCAAGCGGGUAUUCUGCAGGGUGCGUUUACGGCUGCGCAGUUCGCGACGGCGAUCCCAUGGGGUCGAGUUGCGGAUGCGGAGUGGGGAGGACGGAAAUUCGUGCUGCUUGUUGGGUUGCUGGGGACUGCGGUUUCGUGUUUGGGGGUCGCGUUUUCGACGUCUUUUGCGCAGGCGGUGUUUUGGCGGUCGUUUGGGGGUGCGAUUAAUGGGACUGUGGGGAUUAUUAGGACGUCCAUUGCGGAGAAUGUUAAGGAGAAGAAGUAUCAUUCUAGGGCGUUUUUGAUUCUGCCCAUUGGGUUUAAUAUUGCUUCAUUGUUUGGGCCGGUCAUGGGUGGUAUGCUCUCUGAUCCCGUCACGAGUUAUCCUGCACUGUUCGGCCCGAAUUCGUCGUUUGGUGGCCAGUCCGGUGUUCAAUGGCUGGUCACUUACCCCUACGCUUUGCCCAUGUUGGUCAAUACCAUUUUCCUGUCGUUGUGCGCGGGUUUUGUUGCCAUGGGCUUUGAAGAGACACUGGAAGCCUGCAAAGGCAAGCCUGGCUUGGGUGUCUUUGCCAUGCGACUUUUCUCCCGUGUCGUCAAGAUGGUCGUUCCAUCCUCGUCUCCGCUAUACUCUCGACUUCCCUUCCGCGAUUACGACGAAGAAGGCCCGCUGUUGAACCGCCCAUUGGACCGCACAGAAAGCUACGAGAUGGAAGAAAAGGCCAAACCCGCGCGGCCGGCCCGCGUGCUGUCUUUCCGGAGUAUUUGGACCAAGAAUGUGCUCUGUACGCUUUUUGCGCAGGCCUUUUUUGACUUUCAGAUGGGUGCUUUUAACAACCUCUGGCUUCUCUUCCUCUCUACCCCGCGCUACGACCCGAACGACCCCGCCAGUCUGGCCCAGAAGCUGCCGUUCAUCUUCACCGGCGGUCUCGGAAUGCUUCCCCAAAGCGUUGGAUUCGCAACAGCCAUCUUAGGUAUCAUCGGAAUGCUCCUCCAAUUCACCAUCUACCCCACCAUCAACGGCCGUCUAGGAACAGCGAAAAGCUACCAAUACUUCCUCUCUCUCUUCCCCCUCGCCUACGCCUUCGCACCCUACAUCGCCCUCGCCCCCUCCUCAACCCCACCCCCAGACCAAGCCAACGGCAUCUGGGUCUGGUUCUCCAUCAUCGUCGUCCUUUUCCUGCAAGUCACAGCCCGAACCUUUACCCUCCCAACCUCCAUCAUCCUACUCAACAACUGCUCCCCGCACCCGUCCGUCCUGGGCACGAUACAUGGUAUCGGGCAGUCUGUUUCUUCCGCGUUCCGGACCCUCGGGCCGAUUUUCUCGGGGAGUUGGUAUGGGUAUGGAUUGGAGAUUGGGACGGUGGGUUUUGCUUGGUGGUUGAUUGCGCUGGUUUCGGUGUUUGGGUGUGUUGCUGCGAUUUUCGUUUAUGAGGGGUCUGGGCAUGAGAUUCUGCUUCCUGGGGAAGAGGAGGAUAUGCAGAUGCAGUGA